AUGCCUCGCUUUAAUGUUAGUAAAACUGGCGAACAUCUGCAGUUUAAAAGCCUUGGAUGGCUGUGGCAAUGGCUCGACUUAGCUGUCAGGCGUGCGCGUGGGGAACAAUCGGGCCGCGGCGUACAAUUUGCGCAGUGGCAGCUCCACCAAUUUGCGUCCGUCGCCUUCGCCCGCCGUUACUCGGUAAACGCUACUGGAAUAUUACGCGGCCCGGCUGCGUUCCCUGUU